AUGGACAUCUUUUAUAGCGAUACCGACAGUAUGCAUCUCUACAAUGAAGAUAUCCCUCGUUUAGCUGAAGAGUUUGAGAAACGUUAUGGAAGAGUUCUCAUUGGUAAAAACCUUGGUCAAUUUCAUAGCGACUUUGCAGAAAUCACAAAAGAUAAACAAAGUUUAGCAUACAAAUCAAUAUUUUGUGGAAAGAAGACUUACAUAGACUUACUCACUAACGAUUUAAAUGAAGUUGCAUUUCACUGCAGAAUGAAAGGCGUGAAGCAAGAUGUUAUUGCUUUAACCGCUAAUGAAAUGUUUCCUGACUCUGUUCAGUGUUUCUAUGAUGAAGAUAAAGGUUUAAUGGUUCCGCAAGGAAAAUUUGACAAAGACUCUGAGUUCAGUGUUAUGAAGUUAUAUAAAGCACUUUAUGACGGUCAAGAGAUUGGAUUUGACUUAUGUAAGUCUUCUAGUCCUUGCUUUGCUGAAAAGUUUAACUUCUCAAUAACGACUAAAACAAACUUUAUUCGUAAGUUGAAGUUCUGA